CGGUGGCCAUGCGCGUGACGCCCCGCCCACGCUACUACUACAUAACCAGCUCCAGUCAUUCUUAUGAAACAACAAACACCAGACUUUCAAGUUCAAGCUUUCUUUAAACAGCAGAUUACCAAACCAGGAGCACCUACUACAGACGAACAGAAGUUACAGCAGCGUGUGUGGAAAAUGUCGAUUUUCAGGAAUACCGUCUGGUUUGUGAAAGGACUCCAGGAGUACACGAAGAGUGGUUAUGAAGCCGCAGCAAAGCAUUUUGCUCCAGCAGACCUGGAUGUGAACCUGAGUGGGAGGUCCUUCAUGAUAACAGGUGCCAACAGUGGGAUAGGAAAAGCCACAGCACAGGAAAUUGCCAACAGAGGGGGAAUUGUUCACUUGGUGUGUCGAAACAAGGGCCGUGCAGAAGCAGCCAAAGAACAAAUUGUAGAACAGAGUAAAAAUCAGAAUGUUCACGUCCACAUCGUUGACAUGUCCAGUGCGAGACAAGUGUGGGAGUUUGCACAGAGCUUCUCACAAAACAACGGGCUUCAUGUGCUGAUCAACAAUGCCGGCUGCAUGGUCAACGACAGAGAGUUAACUGAGGAGGGUCUGGAGAAGAACUUUGCCACAAAUACACUUGGUACAUACAUCCUCACCACAGCACUGAUGCCUGCACUGAAGAAAGCUGAAGAUCCAAGAGUGGUCACCGUGUCGUCGGGCGGCAUGCUCACACACAAACUGAACGUGGACGACCUCCAGUUCGAGAAGGGGACGUUCGACGGCACCAUGGCCUACGCUCAGAACAAACGACAGCAGGUGAUUCUGACGGAGAGAUGGGCUUCUCAACACAAAGAGAUCCACUUCUCCUCCAUGCACCCGGGCUGGGCAGACACACCUGCUGUCCAGUCGUCAAUGCCUUCCUUCCACGCUAAGAUGCAGUCCAGGCUGAGGACAGAGGCCAUGGGAGCAGACACGGUGGUGUGGCUCGCUGUAUCUCAAGCUGCCGUGAAGCAGCCAAGUGGACUUUUCUUCCAGGAUCGUAAAGCAGUGGCGACGCACCUUCCUCUGGCCUGCAGCAGGUCCUCCCCACAAGAGGAGGAGAAGCUUCAAGCUGUGCUGGAGGAACUCGCCCUCAAGUUUAAACCCUAAUAUCUCUGCAGAUGCACCAGGCACUCCUCACUAAUCUGAUGUUUACAUCUGUGUCAAUACACAAGAGACAGUUCUUGCAGUUGUUUGACAUACACAUUUAACCAUGUCCAGUUAAUGCUGUUUACAACUAACAAGAAUCUUGUACGGAUAUGUAGAUGAUUUAUUUUGAUGAAAAUAUGCUUCUGUAGCCACAGUAAACAUAAAUUACUGCAUACUGUAUCAGCCUUGGGGAACAGAUGCAUCAGUGUUGCUUUGAAGUAUGUUUAUCACACAAUUUCUAAUUAUAUUUGAGUGUGUUGCGUAUGCAACAUUUCACAGGUUUGACAGACAAAAUAUUUAAUAUAAUACAACAUCUGUGAAUUCUUAAGUAAAAAGAAAAUCUAUGAAAAAAAUCUAUAUUAACUCUAAAUAUCUAAUGCAGAUAUUUAAUUCUUCACAAUGCCAACUGUGAAAUGACUAUCUUUGAUUGAGGCUAAAGAAGUAGCAAACACUAAAGAGGAAACUGGGCACACGAGGUAAAAUGGAGGAAAGACGUGUCCCAGCAAGAAAUAAACGUUGAUCACAACACGCAA